UACUACAAUAUAAAAACUUACAGCUGCUCAGCUUUUUUAUGUGGAGAAAUCCCAAGAAAAAAAGUACUGCAACUUAAACAAUAACAAAAUACAUUAUUUAGGUAUAACAGCUAAUUGAUUAAAAUUUCAAGUUGAAAUAUUAAAGGAGAUAUUAAUAAGGAGACAAACAGAUGUUUGCAAAGGAGGGAGGCAGUGACGUCAGCAGUCCUAACAGGUAUUUUACCCACCUCUGAUCAACAUAAAGCUCUGAUUUUCAGCUGGGCUCAUGUGGUAAGUAGAGUUUUAAUAUCACACAUGUAAAAGUUUAGUUUAUAUCUGCAGUUUUUUCUGACCGGACUUCUUCCUUUGACAGAGUUCGCAAAACUCUGAUAAAGCUUUUUUGCAAAGAGAAAAGCCUGAUUCGUGCGCAUUUUUGGUCCAAAUGGUCCCGGUUCUGUUGAACCUGGCCUCAGCCGCGGUGCUGGUGCUGACCUGCACGUGUACAGUGCCGCUGCGGGCCCAGAAGCCGGAGCAGGUGGACCCCCUGAGCGCCCACCGCGCGGACCCGCAGUGCUGGGACUCCUCCUCGGCUCUGCUGCUGAAGAUGCGCUCCCCGAGGAUCGCGGACACGGUGCCCGCCUUCUGGGACCUGAUGGGGACCCUCAGGUCCUCGGAGAACGAGAAGCACACGACGCUGUUCUGGGACCUGGCCCGGGUCUUCUGGGACAUCUACCUGGACUGCGUCCUGUCCAGGAGCCACGGCCUGGGGCGCAGACAGGUCACCUCGGUGCGCUCCCUGGUUACUGACAGUAAGAGCUUCAAAUGUUACAAAACAUUAUUUAUUGUAUUUAUUUUAUUUCACCAAACCAAAUACGAUAGUAUUUAUAUGAAACUCAACCAUAUGAUCAACUAAAACUAAGAAUUA